AUGGAUGUGUCAGACAGCGAUCAAACCGUCUACGGUGUCAACGACGGCCGCCAGGAGCCGGAGAAGCGUUUGACUGUCUCCUUUCGAGAUGUUGGUAUCGAUGUGCACGGCCAGGGCGAGGACAUCGCGCCGACUUUCAUGUCUGUUGUCACUUCAUGGAUCGUCUUCAAGAAGCACACCUCGAAGCGGUCCAUCCUGCAGGGUGUCACUGGCCAAGUUUGCCCUGGUGAGAUGCUCCUUGUCUUGGGACGGCCUGGAUCUGGUUGCACCUCCUUGUUGAAGGUCAUUGCCAACCAUCGCCACGAAUUCCCUAAUGUCACGGGUUCGGUCCGCUACGGCAACAUGGACUCUAAGCAAGCCAAAAGUUUCCGUCAGCACAUUGUCAUGAAUACAGAAGAGGACUUGCACUUCCCGACACUCACUGUUGGACAGACAGUCGGCUUCGCCACGUCCACUAAGCUUCCUGGGACGCGGCCGGAGCAUCUGCAAGACAAAAGUGACUACGUCUCGCAUACCAUGGAUGGAAUUCUCACGUCCCUCAGUAUCGCCCACACGAAGGACACAAUGGUAGGCAAUGAAUUCAUAAGAGGCGUGUCGGGCGGCGAGAGGAAGAGAGUAUCAUUGGCCGAGGUGAUGGCAACACAGUGCUGGGAUAAUUCUACUAGGGGUCUCGAUGCAAGCAACGCCCUCGACUUUGCCCGUGUCUUGCGCCGAUCAGCGAACGAAGAACAGAAGACGGUCGUCGCGACACUGUAUCAAGCAGGUAAUGGCAUCUUCAAUGAGUUCGACAAGGUCUUAGUACUCGCCGAGGGUCGGGAGAUCUACUAUGGGCCGGCGUCAGAUGCUCGCGAGUACUUCGAAAACAUGGGCUUCGUGUGCGCUCCGGGGGCUAACAUCGCCGACUUUGUCACCGCCGUUGCUGUUCACACCGAAAGAGCAAUUGCCCCAGGCUUUGAGAACCAGGUUCCCAAUACAGCCGAGGAGUUUGAAGCUCGAUACAAGUCGAGCCCGAUGUUUGAAAGAAUGAAGAGUGCGAUGGCAUCGAGACCGGAGCAUUUGCUGGCCCGUGAGGUUGAAGACCUGAAGGCCGUCCGGGACCUCGAGAAGAACCGCACCAUGGCAUUUCUCUCGCGAGAAGGGAGCCCGUAUCAUGCUUCCUUUUUCAAGCAAGUCAUGUCAUUGGCUCAAAGACAGUUUGAAAUUCUCUGGGGAGACCGCUGGUCCAACAUUUUGCAGCUCGCCUCAUCCAUCAUUAUGGCUCUUGUGACUGGCAGUCUGAAUUACAAUCUACCUAACAGCAGCCAGUCUAUCUUCCCUCGGCCCGGAGCCCUCUUCUUUCCGAUAAUGUUGUGGGCAAUGAAUAUGAUGUCCGAGACUGUUGCCUCAUUCAUGGGAAGGCCUAUCUUGACGAGACACAAGCUCCUUGCAUUCAACCGGCCAGCAGCCUACGCCGUGGCAUGCGUCAUUACUGACAUUCCCAUCGUCUUCUGCACGUAUAGCCUUUUUGAGCUGAUCUAUUACUUCAUGGUUGGAUUCAAAAGAAAUGAUGCCGGGAAUUUUUUCACACUAUGCAUCGGAGCGUGGUGUCGGCAUUUUGGCUUGGCGGCUCAGCUUAGCGGAUUCGUGACCAUGGUCAUGAUGAUCUAUGCUGGUUACCUUAUUCCCGUCACAAGCAUGCAUCCGUGGUUCCGCUGGAUCGCUUGGAUCAACCCUCCAUCAUACGCCUUCGAAGCGGUAAUGGCCAGCGAAAUGGGUAGUCGCACGAUGGAAUGUGUCGCGCCUCAGUAUGUUCCCUACGGCCCAUCGUAUCAGACAAAUGAGUUCCGCAGCUGCACGGUUCAAGGUUCUGUACCAGGCGAUCCGACCAUCGACGGCGAGCAGUACGUGGGAUUCAGGUACGCGGUGAAGUCAAGCCAUAUCUGGAGAAAUGUCGGUAUAAUUAUAGGUUUCUGGGUCUUUUUCGCCGUUUCUACAGCCAUCGCGUUUGAGGUAAAUCUGCACAGCGGUUCCGGCUCCAAGAUCCUGUACAGCGGUCGAAGCCAUCAGCAGCGGAACAGAGACAAAGACGCUGAGAAGGCAGAGACCCAGAGCUCUCCUCAAGAAGGAGAUCAUAUCUCCGGCGGCUCGACUGUCUUCACAUUCAAGGACAUUUCAUACUUCGUACACCAUGAGGGACAAGAGAAGCAGCUGCUUCAAAACGUCUCGGGAUACGUGAAGCCAGGGCAACUGGUGGCGCUGAUGGGCAGCUCCGGUGCCGGAAAGACGACAUUGAUGGAUGUACUUGCGCAGAGAAAGGAUAGCGGCAAGAUCGAGGGCAGUAUCAUGGUGAACGGUAAGCCGCAGGGCGUUAGCUUUCAGCGCAGCACGGGAUACUGCGAGCAAAACGACGUACACGAGCCGACUGCUACCGUCUGGGAAGCCUUGCUCUUCUCUGCGCGGCUCCGACAGCCCAUGGCUGUCCCGGACAUUGACAAGCAAGAGUAUGUCCGUCGCAUCAUGGAUCUUCUGGAGCUGACAUCACUGCAACACGCCGUCAUUGGAACGCCUGGGGAGGGACUCUCCAUUGAGCAGCGGAAAAGGCUGACUUUAGCCGUUGAGCUUGUUGCGAAACCAUCCUUGCUAUUUCUAGAUGAGCCGACGUCUGGCCUCGACGGCCAGUCCGCCUACCAGAUCUGCAGAUUCCUGCGGAGACUCGCCGCCUCAGGCCAGACUGUUAUCUGCACAAUCCACCAGCCGUCCGCAACCCUGUUUGAGAAUUUCGAUGUGCUGUUAUUGCUCGCGAGGGGAGGAAGGACCACUUACUUUGGCCCGACUGGUGAGAACUCGAGCAUCCUACUCGAUUAUUUCGCCCGUAACGGUGCGCCGUCUUGUGCGGAUGUCAACCCGGCUGAACAUAUCGUCGAUGUAGUCCAGGGCCGCUUCGGCACUGACAUCGACUGGCCACAGCAGUGGCUGGAGUCUGAAGAAUACAGAGGUGUCAUGGAUGAGCUGGACUCUCUCCAUAGCUCGUCUCCUGCAGUGGCCAGCCGCAAGACCGAGGUAGUAGACACAAAUGCCAGCAUUUCUGACGAUGAGGUGAGCGACUUCGCGACGCCUAUCCUCUAUCAGAUUCGUGUCGUCACCCAACGGCAACUGGUUGCCCUGUGGCGUAACCCAGACUAUGUAUGGAACAAGAUCCUCCUGCACAUAAGCAACGCGCUCUUCGGUGGCUUCACGUUCUGGAAAAUCGGCAACGGGUCCUUCGACCUGCAGCUGCGCCUCAUGGCGGUGUUCAACUUCGUCUUCGUCGCCCCGGGUUGCAUCAACCAGCUGCAGCCUUUGUUCAUCAGCAACAGGGAUUUGUUCGAAACCCGCGAGAAGAAGUCCAAGACGUACCACUGGCUCGUGUUCGUGUCCGCGCAGGUUAUGUCGGAGGUUCCUAUUUUGAUCGUCUGCGCAACGGUGUACUUCGCCUGCUGGUAUUUUACGGCUGGAUUUCCGGUCAAGGCCAGCGCCUCGGGCCAAGUGUACCUUCAAAUGAUCUUAUACGAGUUUCUGUACACUUCCAUCGGCCAGGCCAUCGCCGCCUACUCUCCGAAUCAAUACUUCGCCGCUCUUGCCAAUCCGCUUAUACUCGGAGCCGCCCUCAUUAGCUUCUGUGGCGUCGUGGUUCCUUACUCACUGAUCCCGACUUUCUGGCGGUACUGGAUCUACUGGAUGAACCCUUUCACUUAUCUCAUGGGCGGCCUUCUGGAGCCUGUCAUCUGGGACGCUGACGUCCAGUGUAAACCCAACGAGGUCACUUCCAUCCGGCUACCAGCCAACACCACCUGCGGAGCCUACAUGGCCGAUUUCCUGGCAGACAAUGCAGGCUACGUGACUGACCCUGGGAGCACCUCCUCGUGUGACUACUGCGAAUACAGCACGGGGGCGGAUUAUAUGAAGAGCCUGAAUAUUAAUGCUAGCUACUACGGAUGGAGAGAUGUUGCAAUCACGGCUCUGUUCUGCAUCAGCUCUUAUGGCCUUGUGUUUUUGAUGAUGAAACUAAGGACCAAGGCGACUAAGACGGCCAGCUGA